UAAAACUAAACCCGGUUGGUCACCAUUUUUGUAUCUAUUCUUAGGUUUUCUCGUGUUGCUUCUCUUUUUUUCUCAUAUUUUCGAUCUCUGACGACCGGUUGGUUGGGUUUUGCUUUAAAAAUGUUUGAGCCAGUGUGUGUGUGUGAAUCUGUGGUUAAACUUGUCGCCUCGCAUACAUAGCCACCCACCUCUAUACCUCUAUACAACAUAUACAACAAACUGGUCAGAGACAGAAGUGGUUUUUCUGGUUUGUGUCAUUAUCUUGCUCGGUCAUACCUUUGCCGAAGAGGAGGGCAGCUAGAGUAAUUCCCAUAAACAAACGAUGCUUGACACCAUCGAGGUGAGAAUGUGUUAGUGAGGAUAAUCCGUGGCGGCUUGGUGUCAAGUCUUAUUAGAAUUCUCUUGAGUGGUUUCUUGUUCGAAUUCGUUGGUUCUUUUUUUUCUGCUGCUGCUUGGUUCAUCGUUCAUGUGACAAUUGUGUGUCGCGCAAUCUUUUUCACCUCGCUCCUUCGCAUGGUGAAGAAGAGAGACAGCUUUAUGGGUUUCGUAGCUCCAUCUAUCGGAGUGUAAUUGCUUAAACUGCUUUUUGUUUGCCUGUGCGCGCUGCAAGUUUACGGUACACGGUACGGUGUUAGUCUGUUUAGUCUUAUAUUCUUAUUGGGAAUAUUUUCUGGUUUGGGUUUAUUUUUCUUGAGUGGUGGCUGAGCGCUGGGCUGGUUGAGUUUUGAGUAUAGUGGGUAAUGCUAAUGCGAGUGUGUGCGAGCUGUCAUUGUGUGGGUGAUUUUUUGGUGAAAACAGGGGGGUUGCUUUGUAUUGGAGAUUGUAUGUAUUAACCAGUUCGUAAGCGACCGGCGUUAAGUUCGUAUCGUGUGUGUUUACCUUUUUUCUCUAUCAGCGACGGCGACGUUUGUUUUUUCCUUUCUUCACCCCUUAACCUCACCAUAUGCUGCUGUGCUAUACACCAUACAUACCAUACCGUAAGCGUAACCGAACCGACCCGACUCGACCGUCUACAAAUGCUGUUAAUCCGCGAAGGGGGCUUUUUUGUGUGUACGUUGUUGUUUAUUGGGGGCAGGAAGAAAAGUUCGCAUAAUUGUUUUUUGAAAGCUUUUGACACCUUCGCUUGUUAGGUAAAUGUGUGGUGUUCUGAUGGUUCUGUUUCUGGUUCUGGUUAUCGUCGAGUAAAAGGUACCUAAACGUUUUGUUGUGAGUAUUUUGUCGGUUUGCUAGGUAAACACACCAAAAUUAAGCAAAAAUCAUACAUACCAAACCUUUCCCAUAAAUAUUUAUUCAUACAGAAGAAGAAAAAAGUGGUGAAUAUAAGUAAAAGAAGAAAAAUAUAAUUGACAAACGUCAUUCUAAUAAAGUGCAAUCAAUCCUCUCCUACAAAUAUCAGUUGUCAUCGUGUUUUUAAUCCAAAAAUACCUUCCUAUUUAUAAAAUAAGUGUGUAACUUUUGUUAAACAAAUCAAAAAUAAUUCUAGAAAUUUUUAAUCAAAAGUGUGAAACAAGAAAAACAAGCAAAAUAAAGUGAAAUUCGAAACAAAAAAAAAUAAAAAAGAGAGGUGAAUUUUAAGAAUUAAAAAAGAAAAGAAAAAUAUUGUGUUUCCGACUUUGGUGUCUUAAAUUGUAAUGUAAUGAGAUACGACGUUCAAGAAUUCAUUCAGCAAUCUGAAGAUCAAAUCAGUAGGUUUGCAAAUGGGAUGGCAUAUCAUCCAUUCCUGCAGCUUUCCCGACCCACUGACUUCAGCGUGUCAUCGCUGUUGACGGCGGGUAAUCAACAGCAGCAAUCAGCGACGGCCGCUGGGGCAACAAUCUCACCAACAUCGCCACUACUUCACCAGCAGCAGCAACAACAGCAGCAACAUCAACAAACGUCUUUAACGCCUGCAAUAGCCGCUGCCCAGCAGCAACUACAGUGCGGCGGACAGUCCUCACCUGUCGGUGGGCAACAGCCCCAGCUGUCACCUAGCAUUGCCAGCAACAAUAACAAUACAACUAGUAAUAAUAAUAAUAACAACAACAACAGUAGUAAUAAUAGCUCUACCAAUAAUAAUAGCAAUAGUAACAAUAAUAACAACUCCGCAGCAACGCAUCAAGCUCUGGCCGCUGCUGCGGCCGCCUCUAGCCUAGGACAUCAUCCGCAUCACUCGCAUCACUCAACUGUACCGGGCCAUCCGGCGUUGGGACAUUUGCCACAACAACCGUAUUUUCCCGCCGCUGCUCUUGCUGCGCUCGCAGGCAGUCCGGCAGGUCCCCAUCCUAGUCUUUAUCCGGGCGGUUUGUUGCACAAGUUUCCUCCGCACCACCCGCACGCCCAUCAUCCAUUGGGAACGCCGUAUACGACGGCGGAAGACGUUGUGCUAGCGUCAGUGGCUGCUCAUCAAUUGCAUCCAGGCAUGAGACCGCUACGAGCGUUACAGCCGGAAGACGACGGUGUUGUCGACGAUCCAAAAGUGACGUUAGAAGGCAAGGAUUUGUGGGAGAAAUUUCACAAGCUUGGAACGGAGAUGGUGAUAACAAAAAGUGGAAGACAAAUGUUUCCACAAAUGAAAUUUCGGGUUUCGGGACUGGAUGCAAAGGCGAAAUAUAUUUUACUGUUAGACAUUGUUGCUGCUGAUGAUUAUCGAUAUAAGUUUCAUAAUAGUCGUUGGAUGGUAGCUGGUAAAGCUGAUCCAGAAAUGCCAAAACGAAUGUACAUCCAUCCGGACUCACCAACAACCGGUGAGCAAUGGAUGCAAAAAGUCGUCUCAUUUCAUAAGUUGAAACUAACAAAUAAUAUUAGUGAUAAACAUGGAUUUAACCGACUUAUGCUUGCACUUGAAAGCACUUUUUUCUCGAGGAGGUCCCCUAUAGAUGAUGAACAGACUAUACUCAAUUCAAUGCAUAAAUAUCAGCCAAGAUUUCAUUUGGUAAGAGCCAAUGACAUCCUAAAGUUACCAUAUUCAACAUUUAGGACGUAUGUGUUCAAGGAGACAGAAUUUAUUGCUGUAACUGCAUAUCAAAAUGAAAAGAUAACUCAAUUAAAAAUUGAUAAUAAUCCGUUUGCGAAAGGCUUUCGUGAUACUGGUGCUGGAAAGAGAGAGAAAAAGCAGGCGUUGAUGUCUAACCGCGGAUCCGAUUCAGAUAAACUGAAUCCAACACAUGUAAGCAGUUCUAGAGCACCAUUACAUUUGGGGCAUACCGGUCGACCUCAUCCGCACGAUAGCCAGGAUGACGAUGAUAAGCUGUUGGAUGUGGUAGGACCACCACAAAGUCCGUUGCUGCCUUUGAGCCAUUCGCUGCAGCAGAUGCAUGCGCAUCAACACUCAGCCCUUGCAGCUUGGUUCAACCACUUCGCCGGUGCUGGCGAUCAUUCAAAUGAAGAUGCAAUACGACGCCGCCUCCAAUCGGAAGAUAUCGAACGCGAUGGCAGCGACUCAAGUUGUUCGGAAAGUGUGGGAGGCAGUACGGGAGGUGCAUUUCGACCAACCUCAUCGGGAAGUCCCAAAGAAGCACACGGUGCUGCGGGUGGUGGCUCCUAUCCGGCACCGAAUAUAUCAGUGGGUCCACCCAUUCAUACAUCGCCUCAUCUAUUGCCUUAUCUCUAUCCACACACACUCUAUCCACCACCUCAUCUAUCGUUGCUCCACAAUCCAGCAGCUGCGGCUGCUAUGAAUCCCGGAUUGAAUCCAGGAUUACUGUUCAAUGCACAACUUGCAUUAGCCGCUCAACAUCCCGCCUUAUUUGGUCACUAUUCGGGGCAUUCGCCAGUGUCACCUUUACAAGGUCUAAAAGGCCAUCGAUUUACGCCGUAUAACCUGCCUGGUAGUUUGGGAUCGGCAUUUGAUGCUGUGACGCCUGGUUCAAAUAAUCAACGAUGCAGCGGCGGUGGCGGUGGCACAGGUGUUGGUAGUUCAGGUGAUGGUACCAACAUCAGCGGUGACAAUGGUCCAAGAAGCCUUAGUUCAAGCCCAUCAAGACAUCAACGUGCCUCCUCGAAUUCACCUCCCACCCGACCUAUUUCCAUGUCACCCACAACACCGCCAUCCCUAUUAAAACAACGCUCCAGUUCACCAUCGGAACUCAAAAAUAUCGAGAAAAUGGUAAACGGUCUUGAAGUGCAGCACAACGGCAGUAGUUUAAUUGCAAAUAGCUCCAUGGAAGAUAGUUCAAUGCAUCAUCAUCAUCAUAACCUGCACCAGGGUAGAUCAGGGAAGCAAUCACCAUCAUCUGAUCAGUGACAUUUGUAUGCCGCGGAUGAUAAUGACAAGUCAUCCAUUAUAGAUCUCGACGACGUGUGACACACCGAAUUGUAGGCUCAGAAGGGUGCCCUUUGAAAAAAUAAAUAAACAAAAAUCAUCUUCCUCCCUCAUAGACACACACACACACAUACACUAAACACACACACCCCAUAACUCGUAAGACUUAUUUAAUUCACAAGCUAAACAUUUAGACUAUAUAUUAUAUAUAGAAAAAGAGAGGCUUAACAAGCCUCGAAUUAAAACACAUGUGUAAAUACAAACCGCAUAGCAUUUUGUAGAUAAAGUAAAAACAAGAAAACAACUAAAAAAAUAUAGAAUCUUAUAUUUUUAGGUUAAACACAAUUAACAACUAAAAAUACGCAUAUAAAUUAGAAUGAUAUUAAAUUUAAACAAUUUACCUACCUAAAUUCGAUCAGAAAGAGUGAGUACACCUACACAUACUAAAAGCAAGAGCAUAGUGCCACAAGCCACGCUUUAGGUAGAGUCACUGUGUUGUUGUUAUUUAUUUUAUUUGUUUUUAUUUAAAAAUUACAUUUUUAAAGGUGGAUAGGAAUAGUUUGUACGGUUUCAAAACAUCCAAGUUCCGAAUUAUGACUUCGAGAUUAUUUGCCGUGAAUGUCAGGAAACAAGUCUUUCAGUCGUAACUGCAAAUAGAAAAAAAACUCAGUAAUGAAAAUAGUUCAAUCAAGAUUGUUUCAGGGCUUUGUUUUCCGUUUCUUCGAAUCUUGAAACAACUUAGUUGACUUUUUUUCUAAAAUAGAACCACUCCUAUUUGUAAAAAUUCCUAUUUUUUACCUUUUUGAGAAUAAGGUUUUUGUUAUGUUAUUGAUUCUUGGAAAAAUGAUUAUAGCUUGUUAAUAAAUUUUUUUGAAAGGCAUUUGAAAAUUUUUAGAUCAUUUAAUGCAUGUUUAAUCACUUUCCACCACCAAGAGUAGAGCUUUCUCAAAUAAGUCGUUCGGAUUUGACAUAAAAACAUGCCCAAAAUAACUUCCACUCAAGAACAAUUGAGAGUUGUAAGUCGCUAUCGCACCCCAAUUUUUUGUUUUAAUAUGAAAUUAAAUUUGUUAACUUUAAAAAUGUAUACAAAGAAACUUUUUAAUAUAAAGUAGUAUAAGGAGUAUGUUUAAAUUAUAAUCUCCAAAAAAAACUGCCUUCUGACUGAAUUUCUUCAACACGAUUUAUUUGAUGUGCACUGUUUUAAAAGUGUUUAAAACCUUUCCUGAUUUACACCCUAGUAAAAGACUCAAAAUAAUUUAUUAUUUUUUAAUCGGUAUCUACUAGAAACUACCGUUUACUAUUUUCUCGAAGUUCUCAUUCUUAUUUCUCCCUUAGAAUGGUUACUAAUUUUGUUAUUCAUAAAAGAAAAUCCAAUUAUUGUAUACAAUUUUGAAACAAAAGUUUCUCGAUGGACUACUUUGCAUUUUCAUAUUUAAUAAUUUCAAGCUACAGACUUCGAGAUUACAAAGAAUCGGGUUUUACAAAAAGACCUCGAGAAUUUUGUUUUAAAUAAAACGAAAACCAUCGGAGGUAUUUGAAAAACGUUGAAACUAUAGGAACUCGAUUUCUUUCAUUUGGGCACGUUUACAUCUGUAGAUUGAUGGGAUUCAAUUUUCGAUGAUUCGGCCACACUUUUCGAAACCGCCGCUAAAAAAUGAUUGGAGAUCGUUCUCUUACCGAGACAUUUGCUUCUCUUGAACACCGCCGCAAGGUCUCAUGCCUGUCAUUGUUUUAUCGUUGUUGCAUUCCUCCUCUUAAACAGUUUAACCGUAAUACCCGUACUGCUAAGAAUGCCCAUAAGUGUACCCUAGAGCCCAAUUUCGGACGAACUGUUAAUUACAGAAACUCUUUCUUUAGCCGCACUUCAAGAAUGUGGAAUGCUUUACCAGGCUCAAUAUUUCCCACUCAUUACGAUGUGCAGACAUUCAAAACCAAUGUGCAUCGGUUUCUCCUUUUUAAUCCUAUCCUAAUUUCCUUACUGCUCACACUGUGUUUAAUUAUUAUAAGGGUAUUCAUAACCCCUUUAAUGCGCUCAUAACGUUGUCAGCUUCUUAGAAUAAAGAAAUGAUUUAACUUAUCCCCAAAACAAAUAGUCUAGAGGCCUUAAAUCGCACGAAAUAGACAGUCAAGUGACAGGCAUAUUUCUUGAGAUAACGCACUCAUUGAAUAAAUUUUGAUUUUGAGGUGUUAUGCAUAUGUAGCACUGCCCUCUUAGAACAACAUGUUGUCUAAGUCCACAUCUUCCAAUUAAGGUCAACAUUAACCGGUAAUCAUGGCCAUUCACAGUAACUUGGCAAUCGUUAUAGAUAAAGUCGUCCGCAUAAAAACCGCAUCAAACACUUUUUUGUGGAUACAGUGGUUUUUCAUGAGCAAAUAUGGAUUUUCAAUUCACCAAUAAAGCUUAUUUAGUGAUUGUUCCAUUUAGCCAAAAAAUGAGCUUCGUCACUCAAAAAAAAAAAACGCUCUUAAAGUUGCGGUCAACCUCUCCGAAUUUCGGUAGAAAAUCUGCAUAAUUUGAAGAAUGUACUCAUUCUUGACUUUACUGAAUAAAUUGACAGUGACAGUUCUAUGAUUAGUAACAGGGUCCUUUCACAAAUUAAAUUUAAAACCCAAAUUACGAACACCAAACUAAAACCUUUCGUGAUCUUGUGAUGUCACCAUUAUGUUAUUAUCAGUAAUUUUGGGACCGAUACAUUUUUAUUCAAAAAUAAACGACCCAAAUAUUUGAGUAAUUGCCUUCUAUUUUUUUUAAAUAAAUUAGUGUCUGUUCGUCGUGUUUUGCAGUUUCUUCAAUGUUCGGAAAAAGGUUUUAACUUUUUAUUUCAAACACUGAUUCAAAUUAAUAAUUGUCUAUUCUUUUCUGAUCUUUAAUACCGAAAACCAUUCAAAAACUUGUGAAUAUGAAUAUUUGUUGACCAACCUAUCAUAGGAAAAUGGGACUCCAAGGCAAUGCUAAAGGAAUCUUACUGGGUUAAGCCGUCAAAUGUCAAAUUAUUACGAUUUAAUUUUCGAUAUUUACUAAUGGCCCAUUUAUAAUAGACUUAAAUAAAAGUAAGCUAAUGUGAAAACCGAACGAAAAGUUAUCAGAAGUUAUCGUCCAAACAAAAAGUAACCAUAAUGGAUGCAAGUAAUUUGACAUUUGCUUAAGCUCGAGCCAUUUAAAUGGC